UUUUUCAGUGUUCGCGUGAAUGCGGUUCUAGUGGCAAAUGAAACCAAUCCCUGAUUGGAGAAGCGGCCAGAAAGGCGAAGUGAAGCGCGUUGUGGAGACACAUCAGCCCUGUCAGACGCAGCGGUCCUGCCUCCAGCGCGCUGCAAACUUUAACUGACAGUGUGAUGUUUCUCCUCAAGAGGAGCUGCCACCGACAGACAGCUACUGCAAGCCAUCGGACUUUUCAGUGAAGGCCCCUCAAGGACAGAUGACAAAGCAGAUACUUUGUGGUUUUGUUGAGAAGUCUUAAAGAUUAAAAUCUCAAGCUGCUGUUUGAGCAACAUGGAGUCUCAGAGCAGCAGAUGACCGACCGGAAAGGAAUCAGUGAUGGAGGACCUGCCGGGGACGAGCGGAGGAACUGGUGCAACGGGAGGUCAAGAGGAGGGUUCUCCUUUGUAAUAUGGUCAGAGACGAUCUUGAUAGAACAGUACCACAGCGCCAGAAACAGAACCGUGCAACUGAGACACAGGGCCACAAUCAACCCCCCGAGGAGCCUGCAGAACCUGAACGAGCACAGAGCCUGGAGAAAGCGAACCCAGAGAGACAACAGCCGACAGAGAGCGUGCUUGGUUUGCUGGACUGGGACAGACUCAGCUUAGAGGAUGAGACUGACUCCUGGCAGCAGGCACUGAAUGGAUCCAAUGCUGAGAGCUUGCCCACACACCUCCGUCCAUUCAGCAGUGCAGCCGAGUAUAAACUAGUGAGACACACUUACCUGCAGCUCCAGCACAGUGGUUAUUACUGGGGAUCAAUGACCAUGGAGGAGGCACACAAAAUACUCAGUGAUGCUCCUCUGGGCACCUUCCUCAUCAGAGACAGCGGCCAGCCAGAUGUUUUCUUCACUCUGAGUUACCAAAGCGACGACGGCCCAACUAGUAUUCGUGUCCAGCUGAACAACCUGCACUUCAGUCUGUACGGCAGCCGCAGGACUUUUGCUUCACUCUUCGAUCUGCUCACUUAUUACACCCGCUCGUCCUGCAAGCUGACGGUUCCCUACCGCAAGCAGCGUCCGGAGCACCUGAAGCAGAUGUGCAGGAGGGCUCUUAUACGCUCAUACGGAGCAGAAAACAUGAGCGCCUUACCUGGACUCAGCAUUCAAGUUAAAAACUAUAUUCUUGCCUACCCUCAUUGUACAUAGACACAUGUGGACAGAGUGAAGAUGUUUUUCAUGUUAACAAAUGUCAGUGGUAUGUGGCUUGGGUAUGUGAUUUAAACGUCUUCAAGUAUUAUUUGCACUCAUCAUCAACAUGGUACACAUGGAACCUUAUCAGUUGAAAUACGCAUUUAUUGUCUGGAUAUACAAAGCCUGUUUCAACAAAUCCUGCGUAAUCAUCCUGGCCUUCAGUAUGCGUACGUAGAAAUGCAAAUGGUGCUCUUUAAAGUUGCAUUCAUUGAUAUUUGGCCCCUCCGGAGCAAAACAACAUCAAAGGAAACUGCUGUAUCACCGCUGUACAACCUUAAGGCUAAAAUAUUAGUGAACGGUUUCUUUAUUCUCUCUUCUUUUACUCGGUUCGAAAUGUAGGCAUCGCAGCUGUCAUUUGUUGCAAUUCCUGAUAAUUUGAGGUCUCAUUAUCAAGGGAGGGGCGGCACGGUGGUGCAGUGGUUAGCACUGUCGCCUCAUAGCACGAGGGUUCCAGGUUCGAAUCCCGGUCUGGGCCCUUCUAUGUGGAGUUUGCAUGUUCUCCCUGUGCCUGCGUGGGUUUUC